AGUGACAACAACUGUACACGUUGCGAUCAUUAUUUUUAUUUAUUUACCCUAAAUAUACUAUGAGUUGACAGAAUAAUAAUCAGCUAAUGGGGCAGUUAGUUAGUGCAACCGCUAGUGCUGCCCAGCAGCAGGAAUCCGGCGUGCCAGAAAAAAAAGGAGCAUGGUGGUGUCGAAUGCUUGCUCGUGGGAUUGGCGUUAUUGGUGGUUCAGUUGCUGUGAUAACAGGGAUCGUCUCACUGAUCACAUUUACUCCACUAUGUUUGGUAUCCGGGAUCUUGUUAAUGCUCCUUGGGUUCUUUGUGGUUCUUCUAGAGGCUCCUUGCUGUUGUGCAUUUCUUGAUUUUAUCCAACCAAUCACCCGCUUCUCAGAGAGACGUCCAUACUAUCAGAAGGCAUUAUUGUAUGGAAUACCAGCCAUUCUGCCAGUUGCACUUUGCUUCACGCUGACGUCAUUCUUUGGGUGUGGCCUCGUGUUUGCAUCAGCCGUCUUCUACAUGAUGAUGAGUGUCGGCAACAAAGCUGACCGCGAGACGAUGGCUUUGCGGGCUAGAGGACAGGAUAUGGAGAUGAAGUCGGAUCUAAUUAAUAACGAGGAAGCACAGACUGCAAAUUGACCCCAUUCUGCUUUAGGACAGAUUGUCAGUUGGGUCAUUGGAUAUUGUAUGUUAGGUGGCUACUUAACUGGUAUUACAAGUCUUCACAAGCCAGCAGUACUACUCUGAAUUAGGUACGGUAGAAGCAAGUAGUCUUUGGGGGGCUGACUGAGAUCGAGGGUGCAAAGCAAAGUUUCUAGGAGAGUUCAGUGGUAUGUUCUGUAAAAUUUGAUUCGGAAUUAUUGGUGGGGGGCUAGAGCCCCCCAGCCCUCUACCGUGCCUGUGUAUAUAAACUCCCCGUCUGCUAUGGUUCACACUUGUAUCAACUAACAAUGCAUUUUCAUUGGAUGCCUGUAAGAGGGUAGGAUCCAAUCAUAUUGUUUGUUAUACAUUUGAAAUGAGUGUGUGCCAAUGUUGGACAAAUAUAAACAUGAUUAAAAGAAAACAAAUUUGUUAUUGAGAGGGAUAAUCAUAGUUUUAAUGUCAAAUGAUCAUGGUUUGGUUGGUUAAUAAUAAUAUGGAAUGUUAUUCAUUUUUUUAAUGUUUUUCCAACAGAGGAUGAUAUCAGGUUAUAUGGCAGCUGGGUUGUUGCCAUGGCUUGUGAAGAUGGUAUUGUGCAUUUAGUCAUAGUUCAUAUUGUUUGUCUGUGAAUUCACCUUUGAAUGUAUCUGGUAUUAUUUAUUUUCCUUUGGAUCUGUGGUGUUGUUAUAAGCUUAAAGCUUAGGAAAUGAGAAAAUCUUAAUUGUGUUUUCUCUAUUUCUGCUCGGUUUCACAAUAUUUGCUAUGAAGAUACCAUAUACUUGAGGCUGAGGUUGAUUUGUAUUCAUAAUGAUAAUUUAAAUAAUUGUAAGGGUUAUCUAACAAUAUUUUCUUUUCAACCUAGCCUGGCAUUUCCACGAUUUAAGUCAGAAGUCGGGCUAAAUAUUCAUCAAAAAAGAAAAUGUAUAUCUAUAAAUGAUAAUUAAACGGUCUAAAUAUUUAUUGUCUAAAUUCUUUAUUCACACAUAUUCUACUUUUUGUUUUGUUAGGAGAACCAUUGUUGUUAUUGUAUGUGGGGAAACCCCUGGUAGAUUAGCAUAUACAUGUAAGGUAGCUCGUCAUGAAUGUUUCAGUUACCAAACGUCAUGUAUUUUUGUUUAUAUAUGAUAUGACUAUUCCAAAACGUUUUCCUUUAUUAACGGAAUUCCUUCGUACAGUUUGGUGCAUGUAUAAUUCCUAAAGUCUUGCAAUACUGACCAUUAUGUUGAUUAAACUGCUAGUAUGUAGAGUUGUUUUUAGUUUCCCUAUGCAAUUUUUACAAUCGAAGUGUUAUGUCAUAAUAGAUAGGUAUUCUAAUGUUAGCGUUGCUUUCUUUUGCAUAAAAAUCAACAUUUUUGUGACAGUAAUGCUUUCAGUUAUAAGAAUUUAGUUAUUCCACCUUGGCCAAUGUUAAUGACUUUACUUCACGACUAUACUUGUCAAACUGACAGCUGAGAAAUUCUUGCAAAACUGGCAAGUAAUUUUUGAUAUGGAAGCAAUUAAAAAUAUUUUUUUGUUUUACAUGUUGAUAAAUAAAUGGAUACUGUUAAAGAAUUAAAAUGACAAAAAGGACACUGACAUAGUUUCUUUAAAUAUAUCAUUAAUUCAAUUUUUACUUGACAGUGACAAAAGGUGCAGAAGAAAAAUAUAGAUUAUACAUUAUUUUCUGAGGAUGACAUCACAAUUACAAGUGCUAGAUAAUAUAUUUAUAGAUAAACGAACAUCAGUAGUGACUUUCAUUAAACAUUGACAUCAGAUACAUAACAGACGUGACAUACUGCACACACGGUAAACUUUACAUAAUGUUCACAGGGUUUACACCAUACAUGUACUUAAAUGGAAUUCCCCCACCAAUAUGUUUUUUCUCCCAAAGGUAUUGGUCAUAAUUUAUUUUUUAAGUUAACACUUUCUGGUUUGAGUUAGGUUUUUUAAUAAUUAUAACAGGGUUAUUUUUAAUUUUGAGAGGAAGCUGUAAAUAUCAAUUUAUGUCAUACAUGAAGUAAAUAUUUCAUGCACCUAUAAACUGUGUUUAUAUACUAAACAUAGUUCACGUGGUUGUUUCUUUCCCUUAGCUGCCAAAAUUUGAAAUAUUUAAAUUAUGGAAUCUGUUGUUGUAUGUUGUACGUGUACUUCAUGGUUAAAACAAACAUUUGGCAUUUGGGGCAGAUUGUAUUUAUACAUAGGUUUUUAAUAGCAGCCACAUUUCAAAUUAACCUACUGGAUGUAUCUCCAUGUAAUUUAUAUUGAGUCUACUUCAACCAAUGAUUUCCCUGGAUAACAAAAAGUAUUAAUAUUCACACAGGCCUACGUUAAAAAAAUUCUGGUUUGUUGGAUUAUCUCCCUUUAUUAGUUACUCGUACUUGUAUUGUUAGAUAAUUUUAUAAUUUUUUUAUUCACUUGAAAGAUUUCAAAUGUGUCAGUUAAAAACUGUUAUUAUUAAUAUUUAUUUAUUAACUUUGGAUGCAAUGUCUUGUUUGCUUUCUGCUGAAUACAAAGUUAAUUUGAACAUUUGACACUAUUAUGUUUUUAUCUUAAACAGCGAUUUGUUUUAGCUGCUAUUAUUAUUAUUAAGGCCAUGUUAUCAAUAAUCAGCAUUGAGUGAAAGAUUUUAGUGUGGAUUAUGUUUUAGUUUAUUCAGUUACUGUUAAUAAUGAUUUCUCCCAUCGUUGACAUAAAGCUUAUAUUUACAUGUUUUUAUAUGAUUAUCUAUAAACUUUGCAGAUGUGCAAGUUUUUAUUAUACCUGUUAUGCAAGAUAUUUAAUUGUUAUAAUUACUUUAUGAUUUUUUUUGUAUAUUUAAUUGGAUCAUAGGAUUUGUUUAUUAUUAUAAGCUUCAUUUGAAACAGGAAGUUUUCAUUGGAUCACUAUUUUCAAUGAAAUUGAUUUUUCUUCACCACAGAACUUGUAUAACUGAAUUUAGAAACAGUGGAACUUGUAGCAUUUCUGUUUUAUAUUAUUCAAAUUUAGGCACAUUUUAUGAAUAAUUUAUAAUAAAAAGUUAAUAUAUAUACAUUUUAAAACCACACAUUAUAUAAAAAAUAAACGUGUAGAAUAAAAAUGUUAAAGGGUUGUUUUUCUUAGUUCGUUAAUGUUGUAAUUAUAUUUUAAAGUCCAUUAACAUCACACCAACUUACAUUUUAGUCUGGUAAAAUGUUUGAUUCCAUGAUUGGACAUCAUUUUGGUGCAUUUGAUUUUAUUUGUAAUUUUACCAGUCAUUUUGUACAUUUAAUACCAUCAUUUAUUGACUUAUUUUAAUUUUGAUUAAAUCUAAUGUGUUAGUUAUUAUAUAAAUCGUUUGUAUGGAUGUUAGAUCUCUAAACUUUAUUACCAGUAUAUGAACUUUAUUAAGACAUUUAUGAUGCAGGAUAACUUCUGAAUUAUGUUAAUUAAAUGAUUUGUUAUGUUUUGAAAGGUAACUUUUCAUACUGUUUAUCAGAGUCUUGUUGUAUCUGGGACUUCAGUAUGGUGAAUAAGAAAUUAUAUAUUUAUUUACUUCAGUUUUCAGUUUAUCCAUAUUUUAUGGAAUUAACCACAUCCGGUAUUCAAAGUGACAUUGGAUGAACAAACCAUUCUGGUUUGAACCGAAUAAUACAAUUCAAAAGCUGCUUUUAACAGUAUAUACAUAAUUUACAUCAUAUAUUAUUGAUACUGAAGAGAUACAAUUGAUGACUGAGAAUUACAAACAUUGACCGUAGAAAAAGAGAUGUGUUCAAAACAGUUAUUAAAAAAAAUUCUAUUUAUGUUUUAGCAUGGAUUCCUUUUUUCUUUUCUUUUUUAGACCUUUUAUCUCUUUUAAUAAUUGUACCAAGAAAGGUAGUUUUCAGGUUAUCUCCUUUGUUUUAAAGUUUGUAACAAAACCCAACAUUACCCGUAUAUCUGUCUGUCUGUGUAACUUUUUAAACCAACACCUUUAAUGAAGUUGACUUGGUAUGUAGGUCUUUAUCUUGCAUAACUGUGUUUGGUAAUGGUUGUAAAUUGGGUUCAUUAAUCAAAUAAAAUAAUCUGUCUUCUCUUUUUUCUGAAGUGAAAAGAUGCUCACAAAACUAAUUUGUAUUUUUACUGUGUAAGAAAUAUUAAACUGAGUUAUUUAUAUCUGUGCAUGUUUUAACAUGUAAUUACCUGUAUGUUCAUCAUAUUUACAUGUUGAACGAUGGCAGAGUUUCAUAUAUAAGAAUGAAAUGUGUUAUAUUUAUGCAUUGAAUGUCUAUACUGGUUAUAUCAUAUCAGGGAAUUACACUACUUGUACACAUUGUGUGGUCAUAAGUGACAAUCGGUCACAGGAAUUUCUGUAAAUUCAUGUAUUUACACCAAACAAAUUGGUUAAAUUUUUAACAUAACCACAACAAAUAUUUAACAUAACCAGAAAUCAUUACAAAACCAGCUUAGCCAAGAUGUUUUAUGUACACUCAUAUUGCCUAAAAAUGUUUGAGCACAGAUCAUCUGUAUUUAAAUUGACAUAACUUUACUCUGCUUUACCUAACUACCCAACACCCCACCCUCAUUAUCCGCCAACACAUUGGGUGACACAUUCCUAUACGAAAGCACAGUAAAACAACCCGAUAUACAAUAUCAUGAGGUACAUGCCAGUUUUGUCUCAAAUGAUGGUUGUUCAACAAUUUCGUAAUCAAAAAUCAAGAUUGCUACUUUUUUAUUUAUUUAUAUAUAUUUUUUAAUCUUUUAAAAUAGUAUGUAAAGUUAAGUCCCCGCCACCUUCCAAAAUUACUUCAUUAACUCUUACAAAUAAAUAAUAGAAAUUGUUUUGAAAAUGUUGCGUAACUGUAAACAAAUGCCCCAUCCUCAAAUUUUAUAACAUACCCUAUUUUAGCCUCUCUUUGGGCAUUUGUUCAUCAGUACUUGCAAGCAUAUUAAUCAGAAUAAAGAGGGCUGUAAUAAUAGUGUAGCAUAUUUUUUUGUUACUCUGUAACACAACUAGGGUAUUUUGGGGCUGAUACUGAGCUUUAGUGCACUUACCGGAGUGGAAAUAAUAAAACUCUUAAUAACGCCAAACUCGCUACAAUGCCAAAAUCAGUCUUAAAGUGGGCGAUAUAACGAGGUUUGACUGUACAUCCAAUCAAAGGAGUUUCAUUGACGAUAGCAAGAAGUUUGUUCCUUGAGUUACCAUGGUUGCAAUCACACAUGAUUAUUGCAAUCACACAUUGUUAAACAGUUUAAUGAGUAAAAAUGGAUGAAUUAAUUUUUUUUUUUUAAAUGGAUCAGUAAAAACUGUGUUAAUAAGCAACAUGCUAAAGUAUUUUGUGUUUAUGGUAGCAUAGCUCCCAAGGUGAUUGAAGUAUUCUGUAGGAGUACAGCUUAAAAAGUGAGCACAUACAGUAUUCCUAACUGGUCAGGUCAGGUCAGAGUGUUUAACAUGCACAUUUAGAACAAGCUGUUGUAGCGCACGCCUGUCCUGGGCACAGGUGUCGACCUCGGCCAGCUCCUCCGUCCAGGGCCCAUGCUUAUAAAACCUUUAGAGUCCAGACUCGAUCUCUAAUGACGUCACAUGCAUGCAGUUUGUAUGACUUUGCCAUGACGUUACUGUUUUAGACUUAUUAGUCUCGAGUCUAAGACUCUAAAAGUUUUAUAAGCACCAGUCCUGGACUAAAUUCCUAACUACACUAACAUGCAUUAUAUACUAGGCAGUCUUCCUGAGAAACGCACAGACAAUCAAGACAUCACAGUCCCCGGUAUAUCUGUCAUGUGUUAAAUAGAGUUUGGGAGGAGGGUACACACCCCAAACACUCAUCCCUAGAUCUACCCGGAGCUCUUAAGUGCUUGUAUGCUAUCAGUGUCGGGUUUUUAAAAAAAAAAAUUAAAAAAAUAAUCAUGUUUUUUUUAUUAUUUCUACACGGUCAUGAUACAAGACACAUUAACUAAAUGUAUCCACUCUUUGAUUGUAAAAUGACAUUUUCAAACAUUAAGUGCAUAAUUGUCAUGCCCCACUGUUUAACUGUAACAGAUUCCAUAGUUAUUGGUUACAGUGUUUGUGUAUAUAGCUGUUGUAUAAUUUAUUUAUGUGCAAUACUGUGACAUUGUGUACAGAUGUUUAUUUACAUAUAGCCAUUCAAUUUUUAUUUGGAAUAAAUUCAAGUUGUGGGUGUCAUUUCAUUUUUAGAUGCCUAUGUUAAUAAAAAUGAUGUAGACCAAUA